AGGACAUAUUCAUGAGCUACGAGGUAUACAGAGCACUACAUGAAGGGGGAGUAAGCUAGAGCCCAUCGAUGGCGGGAGUCCAAGAGUUGCAGCAAAAUCGACAGAGUAAUCCCAAUAUGUCGAUUGAACGCGUUCGCGAUAGCGCGUCGCCCAAUCAUAUACAGUGCCUGGGCGCCUGCACAGGUAGACCGCCCUGUGCGAAAGUUGACGUGCGCUUUUGUGCACCUGUAGCCUUCGUCAUCAGUUGACAAGUCGACAAAAGUCGACGACAAUCCGGUGUCGACCGGCACAUCACUGGUCGCCACCGACCAAGUCCUGCUUGAUAUCUCUACCGCAUUACUGUACUUCCUCGUCAGCUCUACCGUAGCUGCCUCAGCUCACCAACAUAUCACACCCUCGAUCUUUGCUUCCGGCCUUCCACGGCUCCUAUCGUUGUACUUGACCCCGAGGAACAUCAAUGGCAGUCUCCACGCGACGACUGCAGAAGGAACUUACGGAUAUCAAGAGGGAUGGUACGCCGGUUGGUAUCGAGCUCUUGAGUGCGGACAACUUUGCCACUUGGUAUCUAUCUGUAGAGGUGCUCGGGAACACGGUCUACGAGGGCGAAAAGUUUGCUCUGAAGUUCCGUUUUGACAACCAGUACCCUAUAUCUGCUCCUGCAGUCCAGUUUGUGGUGGAUGGCCAGUACCAAGCCCCCAUUCAUCCCCACGUGUACUCAAACGGACACAUAUGCGCCUCCAUUCUCUCGACUGAAUGGUCUCCGGUCUUGAGUGUUGUGUCGGUCUGCGUGACCAUUCAGAGCAUGCUCGCUUCCUGCAAGAAGAAGGAGCGUCCUCCAGAUAACGACCGGUACGUUUCCCGUGCACCUGAGAACCCUAAGAAGACGCAGUGGGACUUCCAUGACGACGAUGUGUAAUAUGUAUUGAUUUUGGCCCCUCGCCCCUGGAUGUAACUAUACGCGUUGUAUUUCGAAAUUGUCAAGGAAUAGGACCUGUACUUUUGAGAAGGAAAC